AAUCAAUCUCAUCCGUUUACACUGCCUCAAGAUCACAACCCAAAUCAAAAUCUCUGAUUUUUACGCUUAUCUCGAGGCAAAUUAACGGUCAUGAUGAGCAGCUUACCCGUUCCCUCUCUCGAUAGCACCUUCAUUCAAAGUCCUUCAUCAGAAGACGAAGCUCCAUUGACGACCACUCGAUCGAAGAAGACGAUGGGAGAGGAGGCGGCGACGGCAACGGCGACGGAGACGGCGACGGAAACGACGGUGGCGGAGAAGGAGGCUGGGAGUGGUGGCGCUUGUGAGUUCUGCGGUGAGGCGCCGGCGUUGGUGCACUGCCGGGCGGAUUCUGCUCGGCUUUGCCUAGCCUGCGAUCGCCACGUCCACGCCGCCAACACCGUGUCGUCCCGGCACUCCCGUGCGCUCCUCUGCGACACCUGCCGCACCGCGCGGGCCACCAUCCUCUGUGCUUCCCACAACUCCAUGCUCUGCCCUAACUGCGAUUUCGAUGCUCAUCAGGAUGCCGCGCAGCAGCAUGAUCGCCGUCCUGUUGAGCCGUUCUCUGGAUGUCCGACAGCGGUGGAGCUGGUGGAUGUUCUUGGUGUGGGUGGGGAUGGGAAGGAGAUUGGUGGGGGAGGGGAUGAGGGUUUUGGGGAGGAUGGGUGGGUUUGGGAGGCGCAGCCGAUACUUAGCUUGGAGGAUUACAUUGUUCCUACGACUUCUUGCCAUGGGUUUCAAGCUCUGGGAUUUGCCCCUCUCAACAAGAAUCGAAAGGCAGCCUGUGGGAAGCAUAGAGAAGAGAUACUGCGGCAACUUCGUGAACUAAUGAAAUCUGAAUCCUAUGUGGCUACUGAUUGCUGGCAGCAGGAAUCAGCUGUAGAAUUCAUACCUAUGGAGCAAGAACAAAUUCUUCAAGAGGGGAACAUGGAAUUUAACUUGAAUCAGGAUACCACAUGCUUUAAUGUGCCUACUUAUGAGGUUAAUUUUUUCCAAUGGGACCAUAGUGACAACCAUGACCUAACCCAUACAGUAGCCUUUCCAUUUGAACAAUUUACUGGAAGCUCCUUAAUUGCAAACCAUACAAAAACUGAAGAGGCUGGAGAUAUUGAUGCAAGUGCAAACCAGGUCAGUGGUAGUGGUGAUGGUGGUGGUGGAGGUGGUGAGUCAGGGGAUGCAAUAAUCAAAGACAAAAUUUUGUCAUUGCCAAAGAGAAGUGGUUAUGAUCUGGCCUUGCCUGAUCGUGACUCUGUUCUUUCCCGGUACAAGGAAAAGAGAAAAGCACGAAGAUAUGAUAAACUCAUACGAUAUGAAUCACGGAAGGUUCGGGCAGAUAGCAGGGUGCGAAUCAAAGGCCGUUUUGCAAAGGCAAAUCAAGCUGAGAAGUAAUGAGAGAACUUCAUAUGAUCUUUCAUCGUUGCGAAAUGAACAAAGUCUGCCCACUGAUAAUUCAGAUUGCUGAUGCUGGUAGUCCCUGAAUGUGUUGUUCCAACUUAAAUAGUAUGCACAUACUUUAAACAAGCAAAGAACUGCAACAUUAAGGAUAAUAAUUAUUCGAUCAAGAGAUUGCGUUGUGAUUGUUGCCCUGUUGGUGAAUAUGAGGACAUCGAUUAUGUUGAAUUAUAGUUGGAGUGUGUAUGUAUUGUAUAUUAAUGUGUUAGGGACCAAAGUUGUUUUACGGCCAGUCAAAACUUCAUUGUAAACUGAAUGAGCUAGAUGAAGGUUGUUGUAUACGUCAUUGUAAAAAGAUUUAUUUAUUUACAUGGAGGUUUAUGAUGCCGUUCACA